AUCAAAAUACAGGAUGAAACACAAAAAUUAUGUGACCUGUACUAGUGCAGUGCGAUAAAUUCUUCUUCUGGCGGUCAUUUGUUACGUUUGUUCUUGAAUUCUUAAGUUUGUUCCCUUCUAGAACGACGCGUUGUCACGGACGCUUAGUCAGAACGACGGAGGGUAAACAUGCUUGAAAGUGAUAAAACUGUUCCGGUCUGUACUCUGACAUUUUUUGUUAUUCUGCUUAUAUUAAUGUACUUGGAUGUCCCUGGUGUAAAAUUGGUAGUUAUGGGUGUAUAUUACAUAUUAUCGGUUAUUUUUGGCUUAUUUUUCCUUGUUGGCCUAUUGAGACCUGUUAUGAGAAGAAUACAAAGCGUUAUCUUUUGGAUCGGUUCUAAGAUUUCCAAUGUGUACUCGUUUUUCAAUUCAGAAGUGAGUGAUGUUUGUGAAUAUUUGACUCCUGUGCAUCAAGUGACUGUGUCUAGUCCUGUUCUUUUCCUUGUAGAAAACUUAAAACCAACAAUUACACCACAAGCUGUGUUUCGGGUACUAACUAGAAAGAAUGAUUUUGAUGGAAAAGAGUUUCUCCAGAUAGUCAUUCCAGUUGACGCAAAACAGCCAAAUAUUGGGACUACUGGUAAAGCAUUAGUGUCAAUACCAAGGGAGCAUCUUAUUGCCAGUGGAAUUCUUCAAAUGUGCAAUCCUUCCUCUUCGUUAUCUGAUAAUUGGACAGUCCAGAAAGUCAAUAGUAGACAAUUGUUACAAUUCAAAAACAUCAAAAGCUGGAGAGUCAAAGGAAAAGCUGACCAAGUUACAUCAUGCCCUCUACUUAAGGAAAUUAAAACACAGUUUGGCUACAGCGUUAUUGACUGUGGGUGUUCUUUGUUUGACUGCAAGGAUUUCAAGCAAAAGUAUCAAAUUUUUGUCCAUAAACUUGCAUCAAAAGGUGUUCUGCGGUUAGUUAUAAAAGCUGACACAUUACAGAAAUCUAAAGCUGCACUGGAGUUUUGUAGAGACAGCAAGUAUAGUCAUUUUAUCUACGUGGAGGCAGGAUUUGAUCUGGAUCUUAAGAAUAAGAAUUCAGAGGUGAGGGCUUGUUUGAAAUAUGUCAAACAAAUCCGGAGUCACAAAGGAUUUGCAUGUAUUGGAGGUGUUCCUCUUGGUUAUCAUGCAGGCAAACUUACCGGUACUAAAGAGAAACAGCUGCAGGACUUUAAAGAAAUCGUUCCAUUCUGUUACAACCAAAAGAUUCCAAUACAUUUUCAUGUAGGACCAAAUCAGAGUAUUCAUAGAGACUUUCUAGAUGCCCUUCGCUAUUACCAGCUUAUGAUAUAUUCCUACUGUGUUUCUCUUAAUGAAAAUGGCAUAUACACUGAAGAAGACAUUGCUACUCUAGUUAAAGAUUUUGGUUGUUUUAUAAUGAUAGAAGGUGAUAAUUUGAAAUAUAAUUCUAGAGUAGCCUCCCUUAUAAAGAAUAAAAUCAUCCCUGUGGAAAAAAUAAUUCUACAGAGCAAUGCACCACACUCCUUCAUUGGUGAAACCAAAAAAGAGGCGUGGCACAACAUGAAAGACUUUCAAGUAAAUUUCUGUCAAAAACAAUUAAGAUAUUUACAUCCAGAGAGUUUACAGAACAUGUACAAUGAAGAUGGUGGUUCUGUGCCCACCAUUCUGCAUUGUGUGAUUGAACUUUUGGCAGGGAUUGUGGAUAUUCCUCCAUUGUCUCUUGCUAAGACUCUGAUUGAAAAUACUGAGUUAUUCUACAAGUUCUCUGAUCCUUCUUAAUAUUCAAAAUGUAAAAUAUUAUUUAAUAAAUUUUUCAACUUGCCAGAAUAUGAGGAUCCUGAUAAUGUUCAAAGAUAUACAAGUAGUAUUUCACUGUUCUAUUAAAAUGUUAUUUCACUGUUCUAUUAAAAUGUUAUUUCACUGUUCUAUUAAAAUGUUAUUUCACUGUUCUA